GAGUGUUAGCUUUCAAAAAGUUGCAGAAGACAGCUUUGCUUCCUGUGCAGAAAAUUGCAGAAAUACAUUGAUUAUUGUGACUUAUUAUUAUAUAGCCAGUUUUUGGCAGUUACAAGAAAUAGCUGACAGAGUCCCUGAACAGUGUGACUUGUGCAGGCUGAAACUUAAGGAUUAUGAAGUUGGAGGUGCCUGAAAACUUUGAAGAUGUUGCUGUUGAGUUUUCAGAAGAGGAGUGGAAGAUGCUGAGUGAAUCAGAGAAAGAGCUACACAGAGAGGUGAUGGUACAGAACUAUGAGAGCAUGAUUUUUGUAGGGUAUAACAUCCCAGUAGAGAACCUUUGGUUAUAUAUUAAGAAAGAUGUGACAGAUUCAUGUGGCGACACACAAGGAGUAAUUUCGCAUGACACAGGAGGAGUAAUUUCACAGCAAAAGCAGUCCCCUGUUGUCAGUAUCAAAAUUAGCAGGAAUGCAGAUUUCACUGAUGUCCAGAGCCGGCAGCCAUUACAUGGGAAACACCGUGUUGCAGAAAGUCAUGGCGCUCUCCCAGACAAGAUGUCAGUCACAAGUCAAGAUCCAGUGCAGAUUGAAAGCAGAGACCACAUCUCUGUGGGAAGUAAAGAUGGGUUUAUUAAGAGAACUGAAUUUGAAAGCUAUCUGGAAACUUCUGUAGGGGAAGGGCCCUACAAAUGGCUUACUCACAGCAACAUUUUAAUACUUCAUUGCUACAGCAUAUCUGAUCAAUCAAAUCACAGCGAGAAAAGACAAAUGAACACUUUGUCAACCCAUGAGCAAGUACCCAGCAGAGACAAACACUAUAAAUGUGCAACAUGUGGCAAAAGUUUUGCAAUGAAAGGAGGUUUGGUGAGGCAUCAAUAUAUUCACACCGAGCAAAAACCUUAUAAAUGUGCUACAUGUGGCAAGGAUUUUGCAAGAAAGGAUCAUAUGCUGCGUCACCAGUAUGUUCACAAAGAAGAAAAACCUUAUAAAUGUGUCACGUGUAAUAAGAGUUUUGCAAUGAAGGCAGAGAUGAUAAUACAUCAGUAUAUCCAUACUGAAGAAAAACCAUAUAAAUGUGAUAUAUGUGGCAAGGGUUUUGCACAGAAGGGUAACAUGUUACGACAUCAUUAUGUCCACACUGAACAGAAACCGUAUAAAUGUGUUACAUGUGACAAAGGUUUUAUAGACAAGAGAUCCUUGACAGCACAUGAGAGUAUCCAUACUGGACAAAAACCUUUUAAAUGUGACACGUGUGACAAGGAGUUUGCAAGGAAGUGUCACCUAGUACAGCACCAGUAUCUUCAUGCUGAACAGAAACCUUAUACGUGUGCUACAUGCGACAAGGGUUUUACAGACAAGAGUCGUCUGAUAGCACACGAGAGUGUCCAUACCGGGCACAAACCCUGUAUAUGCAUCACGUGUAACAAGAGUUUUGCAAUGAAGGGAGAUAUGGUGAAGCAUCAGUAUAUCCACACUGAACAAAAACCACAUAAAUGUGCCACAUGUGGCAAGGGUUUUGCUCAGAAGAGUAACAUGAUACAACAUCAGUAUAUCCACAGUGAACAGAAACCAUUUAAAUGUGUUAUCUGUGAGAAGGAUUUUACACAUAAGAGAUAUCUGAGUGCUCAUCAGAGUAUCCACUGCCCUUCUCCUUAAAAGGGAACUGAAAACCAUCCCAUCAACUAUCAAUACAUUGUUUGCUUCCAAUAACUUGUAUGAUGCAUACAGAAAUUGAUGCAGAGCCUGCAAUCAUAUAAAUAAAAAUUCCGUCAUGGCCAUGGAAGACAAUGGUAAUAUCAAAAAAACUCCUAUGGAACCAGGGAUGAAGUAUUAGUAAACAAACCCAUAACAGGAAUUAAGUGGGCAUAACCUAUAUGUGGCACAGAAAAAAAUAAACAAUGACAGAAGUCUUAUAGAUGUAUAAAUUGUACAUAAUACAUUGAUAAAUUAUAUAGCUGCCAUUGUGAUACAUUGGCAAACCACUAUACAACUGAAUCGUAAAAAAGGGUAAAUUACUAUCCCAGGUAUAAUAAAAAUAAAAAAAAAGAUAUUCCCUGGUGAUUCCAUA